AUGGUAGACAGAGGGUUCCCGACGCACUGCCCUUGUGGCGCCCGUGUUUCCCGCCGCACCUCUAAAACAAGUACCAACCCUGGGCGACUAUUUCACAGUUGUCCCCAUGGGAAUGAGAACAAUCCUCACCAUCUCUUCAAAUGGACAGAUCUGUGUGUCGUUGAGGAAAUUGAUGACAUCAAACACAAUAUUGAUGGUAUUCAAAGGGCUUCAGUGGAGACGGAAAAGGUGUUGCAGGUCUGCCAAACUAAGAUAGAAACUAUUGCAAAUGUAACCCAUGCUUGCUGCGGUGUUGUGGGUGCUCUCAAAACAGAGAUCACUCUAUUCGAACAGGAAAUUAAAGAUGUCCAAAGCGAACUUAAAAGGUUCAAGAACAUUGUUGCCUGUGUUGUUCUGUUUUUUGGCAUGUAUAAAUUAUGUACAUAG